CCUUUCUCCUUCCUUUCCGACAUUGUCCCUAGACGAGGAUGGCUCCUGCAAAGAAGGGCGGCGAGAAGAAGAAGGGGCGCUCCGCCAUCAACGAGGUGGUGACCAGGGAGUACACCAUCAACAUCCACAAGCGGAUCCACGGCAUUGGCUUCAAAAAGCGCGCUCCCCGUGCUCUUAAGGAAAUCCGUAAAUUUGCAAUAAAAGAAAUGCGUACUCCUGACGUACGUAUCGACACAAGACUGAACAAAGCCGUGUGGGCCAAAGGCGUAAGGAAUGUACCUUACCGUAUUCGCGUGCGUUUGUCCAGGAAGCGUAACGAGGAUGAAGAUUCUCCCAACAAACUGUACACACUGGUCACAUAUGUGCCAGUCACAACAUACAAAGGUCUCCAGACGGUCAACGUGGAUGAAAACUAAGCCGUCUCUUCAUUGUUGAAAUAAAAAAACAACUAAAACCGUC